GUCAGGUGGCGCUUCAUAUAACCGCUGGGAUGUGACCGGAUGCUGAGGAGAGUAGGCUACGUGUUCGCUGCUUCACUAUAAGGGAGAUGCCAUACACCCACGAUUCUGAUCUCAACUAGUUAGCCUACAGAGGAUGUGGUCCCUUCUGAAGCCCUGUUUUGCUGCGUGGCUGGUCCUGCUCGGCUGUGUGCUGCGUGGCUGUGUGGUUUGGGCGGUGGGCCUACAGAACCCGGCCGUGCCUGGCGCUGAGAUAGCGAAGGCACUGCAGUACAUCGAGGGUUUGCAGCAGCGCGGCAACGUGCCCGACUACGAUGAGGAAGAGGAGGAGCUUCGCUCGAGGUGGGGGCUACAGGCGGGGGAGCAGGGUGGGGGGGGGCGGGCAUCCCCGCAGCUGCUCAAAACUCUGCUGACAUCACUGCAGAGGGAGGACCCCAAACCCGCCGCUGCCGCGGCCCCCAAAAACAGGGACGCAACCUUCGAAGCAGGGGAUUAUGGCCGAUAUCCCGUUCCCAAGCACAGCAAGCCGCACAAGCACCACCCGCUGAUGUUCGAGGACUCGGACGAGGACUCGCGGGAUAGCCCCUACAAGCGCACCAAUGAGAACGCAGAACCACAGUACACCCCCCAAAGCCUGGCCACCCUGCAGUCCGUCUUCCAGGACCUGGGGAAACUGUCCAACACCAAGGACUACAAGCGCCAGAGCCGUGGGGAGGACGACGACCUUUACCCCCUCAGUGACCUGGCAUAUGAGGACGUGGUGGGGGGAGGGGGCUGGACUCCCGUGGAGGAGAAGGUGGAGACAGAGGAGGAGAUCAAAGACAGCCGAGAGGAAUUCGACAGGGGUUUGGACAACAGCGAUGAAGCUGAGGAUGAGGAUGAUGAGGAUGAUGAUGAUGAUGAUGAUGAGGAGGAAAAUUAUGUGAAGCGAUCCAGUCAGCCACCCAAGUUCAGGGGGAAGGACGACCCAGAAGACUUCACCAAAAUGGUGGAUUACUACCUGCUGAAGAUCCUGGAGAGGACGGAGGAGUCGGAGCAGAAGAGAGGGGCAGAGGAGGAGAGGCGCUCAGCCCGGCCCUCCUACGCCCUGGACCCCCAGGCCCUGUACCAGCUGAUCCAGAUCUCCCAGAACCUCCGGGGUCCUCCAGAGGACCUCAUCCAGGCACUGAGGAACAGGGAGCUGAAGAAGCUGAAGAAGGUUCUGGUGCCGCAGGAGGAAGCGGACGACCUGGAGCGAGUGGAGGGGAAGCUGAUGCAAAUCUCGACGUACAACAAAGACAGGGGACCCGUCACCAAACACUACAUCUGGAGGGGGCCUGGGGCGGGGCCUGUGGGACUCGCAAACAAACUCAAGAUCCUGAAUCUGCUUGGGAUGGAAACUAGGGGUCGUCAGAGACCGAAACCACUCGAGCAGCAAUGGAAACCCAAAAACACACAAACACGGUAUUACGCCCCGAGUGGGAGACGAGGGUAUGGCGUUUCUGAUAAAAGAGAAGGCGUCUAUGAUGACACGGUUGAUGAGGAUAAGAUAGUCACGUACCUUGCAGCAAAGAUGCUGGCUCAGUACCCCAAAGUGAUGAAGAAAGCUGACCUGAAGCAUGUCUCCCAGCCAGCGCCCCAGGACGAGGCCCUGGGGACCGUGGAGCAGGCAGUGCUGGAUUACUUUGACCAGCUCGCCAGUGAAAAAGGCUCCCUGCCCAAACCACACCCUGCCCCGGACGGGAUGGGGAACUCGCCACAGACGCAGAGCUUGGAUGAUGAAACGCUGCUAAAAAUGUUGGAGUAUCUCAACCCUGAGUCCAGUGAAAACCAGGAGAGGGACCUUUACGGAAAAAACAUUGGCGGAAUGUAGGGGGGGCGGGACUGGUGAUGUAUAUCAUUUGACAAACAAAAAUGAAAAAAACCCCAAAAAAACAAAUGUGGAAAAAAGGAAUGCAACAGAGUCUAGUCAAAAUACUUUAGCUCUUCAUAUAGCUGAAUUCAGCCUACCAUUUGAGUGUAAUCUGGCGUUCUGGGGAGUUUAUUUGUUGUGGUUUCUGAAUUUGUGGUAUAGUAAAUGUUUAAUACUUACAGCCGUACCUUUAACUCAGUAUAUGAACAGAGCCGCACCGGCUAUAAACCUGAACGCACAAAGCCAAAUCAGUGUUGGAUAUUUCUGGUCUUGUGUUUUUCUUAAGAUGACACUUGGUGAGUGUAUUGCAUAAUGUGUAAAGUAUAUGAGUUAUAUUAUAAAAGUAAAUGAGUUGUAUAUUAAUAAAGCAUCAACUGGUA